AUGGAUGGGGAGGCAGGAUCGGUGCGUCCCUACUCCCCCCCUCACACGCGCGCGAUGAUGCACAAGGAGGGAGACCGAGGCACCGGCGCCGGGGAGGAAAGAAGCCACCAGAUGACCAUCAUCACUCUGACUCCGCCCCGUGCACGCGCCGAGUCACUGGCGGAGGUCGCAUGCUCACCUCAGCCACUGGGGGGCGGUUGUUCCCAUUUACUGACACUUAAAAUGGCCGCAGUCAACAGCAGGGAAGCGCAGGACGAGAAGGAGAUUCUCCUUAAACCCGAAUCAGAUCCAGACAUGCCAAAAGACGGCACGGCAGCAGCGAGCACGAGCCAGAAGGAGUCCAAGCUGGUUCUGUAUCACUGGACCCAGUCGUUCAGUUCGCAGAAGGUGAGACUGGCGAUAGCUGAGAAAGGUCUGCAGUGUGAGGAGUAUGACGUGAGCUUGCCUCUGAGCGAGCACAACGAGCCCUGGUUCAUGCGCCUGAACCCCGCGGGCGAAGUCCCCGUGCUCGUUCACCGCCACCGAGUCGUGUGUGACCCCAGCCAGAUCUUGGACUACUUGGAGCAGACCUUUCAGGAUGAGGGGACCCCAAAGCUCAUUCCACCCCUGGAUAGUACGUACUACCACAGAGUCCAGCACUACAGAGAGCUCCUGGACUCCCUCCCUAUGAACGCUUACACCCACGGCUGCAUCCUCCACCCAGAGAUCACCGUGGACUCCCACAUCCCAGCAUACGCCUCCACCCGCAUACGUGCACAGAUCGGCAAUACAGAGUCAGAACUGAAGAAGCUUGCUGAGGCUCACCCUGAGCUCAAAGACGCUUACAUCGCAAAACAGAGGCGUCUGAAAACGAAGCUGUUUGACCACGAUAAUGUCAAGUACUUGAAAAAGAUUCUGGACGAGCUUGAGAAAGUGAUGGACCAAGUGGAGACAGAGCUGCAAAGGAGGGCGGAGGAGACACCAGAGGAGGGCAGUCAGCCGUCUUGGCUGUGUGGGGACUUCUUCAGCAUAGCUGACAUCUCUUUGGCUGUCGCCCUUCACCGGCUCAAGUUCCUGGGCCUGUCCCGCCGUUACUGGGGCAACGGGACCCGAAUGAACCUGGAAGCAUACUACGAGCGCGUCCUGGAGCGACCCACCUUCCGCCGGGUGCUUGGACACGUCAACAACAUCCUCAUAUCUGCCGUCCUUCCCACAGCAUUCCGAGUGGCCAGGAAGAGGGCGCCGUCAUUCCUCGGAGCGGCGGUGCUGACCGGACUGCUGGGAGGAGCCACAUAUCUGGCAUUCCUUUAUUUUAAAAAGCGCCUGAUGGCGUCCUAAGGAAUCCACGGAUACAGGCACCAUCUGAUUAACAACGGCCUCAGGACGUUGAGUAAAAAGCCUUAGGUGUAAAGAUUGUCCCAUAAUCUUUGUGUGUUGAGUAAGCAUGUGUUUCUCAUACGAACCAGAACUGAUCUGCAGAAUGGGAGAAACGCUGUAGAAGUCUGAACAAUUUUCCUUAGUGCUGGAUGACAGUGUUGAGAAACGCCCUCUGAUUAGCCAGUUCUGCUUUAUGUCCUGGCUUAAUACAAUUAAAACCUCUAUGUCCUGGGUUAAUAUCUGUAAAACCUCUAUGUCCUGGGUUAAUAAAAGGAAAGUUUUGCUUUCCAACAUAAUGACUUUCUUUCCACUUGUCAUUGGUGUGGCUGUGUACAUACUGUCUUUCCAUGACAUCAUAUAUCUUAUGAGCAGUAUGCUAAAAAGUGAAAUAAAUUUCUAUAAUUAGAUAACAGUACAUUUCUCUCUCAUUCUGUUGAUAGGUUUUUUUUUCUGUUGAUGGAGGAUAAUCUAUGAAUUUGUGUAUAUCUUAAAAUAUAUUCAACUAUACAUUAAAUACAGUACAGUAUGUUGAAAAAUUUGCAAUAACAUUUAAAAUCCAGUAACACUUAAAAAGUCUUCAUGCAUGACUUUCCUCCACUCGCUACUAAGAAGGAGAAAUUAGGAGAUGAUAUUGUCUCCCCACAAGAUCCACGUGGUAAGAUACCCGGCAUCCUCGGACUUCUACGGGACAAAUUUUUGUCUUUUUGCAACCAAGAAAUAAAAAUGAUCAUUGUAUUUAACAUCAUGUUCAUUUGUCAAUUAACCUUGAGUCACAGGCAAUGUGCAGAUUAUAUGUGGUUUGUACAAAAUGUUUUGCUGUGCUUGAAUUAAAAGCUGUCAUUCUCCA